AUGCACACACACACACACACACACACGCACACACACAUGCACACACACGCACACACAUGCAUACACGCACACACACACAUGCAUACACGCACACACACACACGCACACACACACAGACACGCACACACACACACUCACUGACACAGACACACACACACAUGCACACAUACACACACACACACACACUGACACAGAAGCACACACACACACACACUCGCAGACACACACACACACACACACACACGUGUUCACACAUAAACAACACGCACCAAUGCGCCGACAGCGUCUGUGAGGAUGAGGCGCGCUGGUGUUUGCUCAAAGUGGUGUUUUGGCUGAAGGACAGACUGAGCGGGAGCUGAUGAGCAGCGCGUUUGUUGGGUCUGAGCCGGCAGACGUUUCAACCUCAGCGGAGGCAGAUGUUCCAGGUGUGACACCGCUCCCGCUGCGUGAGUGGAGGAAUCCUGCUGAGCGCCUCGGUCCGAACCAACGGAACCGCCCCCGCGUUUGUGAAGUCACAGUCAGGACUGUGUGCAUAUUUCAGCAGGCAGGUCAUAUUUGGGGUCAGAGUAGCAGUGGUCCGGGUUAUUUUGGGAUUUGCGUUGCCAUGGAAACCUCCCCAAGGCUUUCCUGUCCGUUGAAGAGCCCACAGUGGGAUGAGCGGCGUCCGGCCGAUCGAUGGCUGACAUUAACCUCCCUGUGAGUGGAUGAAGCUGAACUCCUCUCAUGCACGGUUAAAUGGCACCUACGCAGACCCCCCCCCACCCCCACCCCCCGCCGGCGCUCAGCUCCUUGGAUGUUUUAUUCGUGUUUCCUGAAGCACCACAUGUGUUGAAUCUCUCCUCCUCCGUCACUUUGCUUCGUAUCUAUUGAUCUGAUCCAGACUUUGCGCUGGGACUUUCUUUACCUGAAGCUCCUCGUGCAUUUAAAUGGUGCCUUUCUGCGUCUCAGGUUUCCUUCCUCCGAACAGAUCCGCGGUUCACCUUGUGUUGGGUUCAGAUGAUAUUCAUGGUUUUAUCUUUCUGAUGAUGCAGCUGUUUGUUCUGCUGCCGUUCCAGCUUGGGCUCAGGUUUAUUAUCAUUGGUGUUCUGGACUGGACCCCUGAGCUCCUAGCAGUCGCCACAGCAGCUCAGCAGGAACGCGCUAAAUAUUUAGCAGUGAACAGCUCAUCCUCUGGUUGUUUUCACUGAUUCUGGCUGGAAAUAACUACACGCUGCAGAGCAGAGCCUGUUUCUGCCCAGGCGCCGUUAUGGCAUCAAGCAUGACACGACAGCGUCGCGUGGGUCAGGUGGAACCGUAGCUGGUGUUUGUGCCAAUAGAAGCGCAGGAUGGAUGCAUGACUGGACCGGGCUCAGCGGGUCGACACAGACGGCGUCCAGCAUCAGAGGUCAGAGUGAGGUCACCCAGGGGUCAUUAAUUUAAUUAAUGCUGAGAGCGUCCCACGUCCUGGUUCUCAUGUCAAACAAACGCAGAGCGUCCUGCUGCAGCCGCUGAGGGCCGGCGCCGCGGCGUCAUGGCCGACAGCGGUGGUUUGGUCCGUAGGGGUCGUGUGAACGUGCAGCGUGUCACCAUGGGUGACCUCCUCCUUUUCCUCCCAGACGUCAGCUUCCUGCCCCGCCCGGCCAUGGUGUGGUGUGAGCGGGGCAUUCAGGUGCUGCUGACCACCAUGGGAGCCUUCGCCGCCUUCGCCCUGAUGACGGUGGCCAUCGGUACCGACUACUGGCUCUACGCCCGGGCGUUCAUCUGCAACAGCACGGCCAACUCCUCCCAGGACGACUCCAACAACAAGGACAAGAAGGACCCGGGGGCGCUCACGCACUCCGGCCUCUGGAGGAUCUGCUGCCUGGAGGGCCUGAAGCGAGGCGUGUGUUCCCAGAUCAAUCACUUCCCAGACGACGCCGACUACGACCAGGAUGCUGCGGAGUAUCUGCUGCGUGUGGUGCGAGCCUCCAGCAUCUUCCCCAUCCUCAGCGCCAUCCUGCUUCUGCUCGGCGGCGUCUGCGUGGCCUCCAGCAGCUUCUACAAGAGCAAGAGGAACAUCAUUCUGGGCGGAGGGAUUCUCUUCGUGGCUGCAGGCCUCAGCAACAUCAUCGGAGUCAUAGUGUACAUCUCGGCAGCGCUGAGCGACAUCUCGCCCAAGAAGGACGAGGAUAAGAAGUGGCACUACUCCUACGGCUGGUCCUUCUACUUCGGCGGCCUGUCCUUCAUCCUGGCCGAGAUGGUGGGCGUCCUCGCCGUCAACAUCUACAUCGAGAAGAACAAGGAGCUGCGCUGCCGCUCCCGCACCGACCUCUUCAAAAGCACCACGCACGCCAUGCUGCGCCUGCCCAGCUACCGCUUCCGCCGGCGCUCGCGCUCCAGCUCCCGCUCCACCGAGCCGCCGCGGUCCCAGGAGACCUCCCCCAUCGGCGCCUCCAAGACCUUCAGCCUGCCGCCGUCGGCGCCGCCGUUCUCCGUGGCCACGCUGCCCAACCCGCACCACAGCAGCGGCGGCGGCGGCGGAGGAGGGGGCGACAUCUCCAUGUACACCCUGUCCAGGGACUCCAAGCUGGGCAGCCUGGGAGGCGGCGCUCCGCCGCUCUACGGCACCGUGGACCGGGCCACGCUCUACCAGCUCCACAACUACUUCCCCAAAGACGGCAGCGGCAGCGGAGGAGGCGGAGGCGGCUCGGCCGUGAUCAGCAGCGGCACCCUCCCGUCCCACUCCAAGUCCAACCUGGCGGCGGCGGCGGCCGUGGCCCAGAACGCAGCCCCGCUCAACACCUCCACCGCCGCCACCGCCCCGGCCCAGCCGGCCCCCAUGUCCACGGCCACCAUGGAGAGGGACCGGGGCAACAUGGGAACGCUGGACCGGCUGACGGCCAAGAGAGACAGGGACAGCAACUCUGACACGCUCAACAGGAAAACCACGCCCGUGUAGAGACAGGACUGGGGGGGUCAACAUAACGGGGGGCACAUGAACACAACAGGGAGGCACAUCAACACAAUGAGGGGCGCAUCAACACAACGGGGGUCACAUCAACACAACGGGGGUCACAUGAACACAAUGAGGGGCCCCUUCAACACAACGGGGGCACAUGAACACAACGAGGGGUCAAUCAACACAACGAGGGGCGCAUCAACAUAACGGGGGCACAUCAACACAAAGGGGUGCACAUCAACACGACGAGGGGCACAUCAACAAAACGGGGGUCACAUCAACACAACGAGGGGCACAUCAACACAACGGGGGUCACAUCAACACAACGAGGGGCGCAUCAACACAACGAGGGGCACAUCAACACAAGGGGGGUCACAUCAACACAACGGGAGUCACAUCAACACAACGAGGGGCGCAUCAACACAACAAGGGGCACAUCAACACAACGAGGACACAUCAACACAACAGGGGCACAUCAACACACUUGGUUCGCAUCAACACAACAGGAGGGGCACAUCAACACAACGGGGGUCACAUCAACAUAAUGGGGGGCACAUCAACACAACGGGGGUCACAUCAACACUACGGGGGUCACAUCAACACAACGAGGGUCACAUCAACACAAUGAGGGGCACAUCAACACGAGGGGCACAUCAACACAACGAGGGGCACAUCAACACAACGAGGACACAUCAACACAACAGGGGCACAUCAACACACUAGGUUCGCAUCAACACAACAGGAGGGGCACAUCAACACAACGGGGGUCACAUCAACAUAAUGGGGGGCACAUCAACACAACGGGGGCACAUCAACACAAUGAGGGGCACAUCAACACAACGAGGACACAUCAACACAACAGGGGCACAUCAACACACUAGGUUCGCAUCAACACAACAGGAGGGGCACAUCAACACAACGGGGGUCACAUCAACAUAAUGGGGGGCACAUCAACACAACGGGGGUCACAUCAACACUACGGGGGUCACAUCAACACAACGAGGGUCACAUCAACACUACGGGGGUCACAUCAACACAACGAGGGGCACAUCAACACAACGAGAACACAUCAACACUACGGGGGGCACAUCAACACACUAGGGGGUCACAUCAACACAACGGGGGGCACAUCAACACAACUCUCUCUGGUCUCCAGUCUUUCCUGCCUUGCUGCCAUAUUUACCUGCCCACACCACAAACGGUCAUAAAGCCCUGGCGGACGCUGAGCUCGGACAGACGCCUUAAAACGCUCCCCGACUCGCUGAGCCUGAAGCCGGCUGCACAGUUUCUCCUGUUAGGCCAAGAUGGGACCUUCCCAGUUCAACCAGUGCCUUCGCUGGAGCUUGUGUUGUUUCCCCUCGUCAUCCUGAUUUCAUCAGACGACUGACGCCUCCAACACAGGAAGCACUGAUUCGUCCAGACUGGGCUGAAUCUGGCUGAAAAGAACACGUUAAGGCACAGAAAGCACUGCUUCCAACAACAACCGAUAAAAGGUGAUGGAAGAAGCAGCAUCUGGUUCUACUUCAGCUCCACAGACGAGAAGGAGCUGCUCGGCGGCGACUCGAUGAAGUCAAGGUCAACAGCAGCUACUUAAGCUCAGCCAUUAAUUAGCCAGUGACACUCAGACCGGAGCCUCGCGUCGCUCUGUGGCUCCAUUGGUUUCAGAUUCUGGGAGCCGUAGAUGUUGCGCUGCCCCUGAACGCCUCCUUUACGCCCCCGGGCUUCACAGCUCAGUGAAACGCGGCACCGACGUACAUCCAGACUAACCUCCUCUGAGGUACAACUGGGGGGACGUGACUCCAGGGCUUUAUGGCGGCUUGUGGCGACUCAAGGCAGAGUCUGUUGAUUGUUCCCACCUCAGGGCUGCAGCCGCAGGGUGGAGGUCAGACCCGCUCACACUCAGGGGUGGAACUAGUUCAGCAGCUUCAAUUUCAAUUCACCAGUUAUUCUAAAAGGAAGUGAACCAUUUAAAAGCCAAGAACAAUAAACUCUCAACAAGCAAAACAAAGCACAUUAUCAAUGUAAAUGAGUUCUAAAUAAUCCGAAGCGAAUUUGUGUUAAUGUGUGACCUUUGGACCGAACCUCUUCACUAUCAAGGCACUUCUGAACCGACUGGGUUUGAACGCGGGGGAGGUUGGUUCGCCUUCGCUGCGUCUCUGCCUCAGCUAGAACUAUAUCCUGUGUCAGAGCUAGAACAAUAAGUGUGUUAUAUUAUAAUCUAUUUACUUCAACAGAAGCACAUAACGUCUGUAUAUCGUACCGUCUGUUCACAGAGUGAUUGAUCAUCUCUAGGUUCUGAGGUCUAAGUAUAAAUAUGUGUUUCUAUGAUCGUAAUGGUUCUUGCAGGGUAUUGAUACAUUAUGUGCUUUUUAUAAUUCGUUUUCACUUUAGUUUCUCUUGCUUAUUUACACUAAAGUCAGUGCUGUGAAGUGGAAAGCAUGUGAGCGGGUCAUUCACGCUGUGUGUGUGUGUGUGUGUGUGUGUGUGUGUGUGUGUGUGUGUGUGUGUGUGUGUGUGUGUGUGUGUGUGUGUGUGUGUGUGUGUGUGCGACUGUUGGAUUUCACUGUGUGCAUUACGUUCCUGUUAACGUUCUCACUGUUUACUCUUGAUGUUUCUCCAACUUCUGAUUUAACUAUAUUUUUUUAACAAAGGUCACUUUGCUUCAAAGGAAGUAGAAGACAUAAAUGCCUCACAUUAGUGACCUUCGUCUGUCGGUUCGUUGGACAGGAGCCGCUCUGAGGCUCAGCUCAUAACGAGUAGUUUGGGUUCCUCUGUUUGUUCAUAUUCUAACUGAAACCGGUUGUUUCCAUCCAGUUCCACUGUGUUUAUCUCCUGUCAGCUCUAUAGAUUUUCUACACAUUUACCAACGUAGCCUAAUAUUCUGUGUUUUUCAAUGUUCUGACUAGUGUUCAACUGUAGACAAUAGAUUUCUAUGACUCUAUUUCUUUUUGUGGUGGUACGUGUAGAUAUUCUUAAUGUUCUAUCGGUUCCUCCAGCUGUAUCUUUGGGCUCUGAAGGCGCGUGGCUGAGCCAGUAGUCUAAGUGAGGGCACAGUGAGCAUUCGUACGUGUGGUCGGUGUUGGUUUUGUCAGUAUUUGGUACAGCGAUCUUUUCCCAUGUGAACGUCCUUUUCCGUUCCCUCGUCUCCUCUUAAACUGAGACGUGAAGCCAUUUUAAAGCGAAGGACAGACACCAGCUCAACACUUAGGCUACUGACAGGAGACAGAUGGAAACACAGACUGAUGAAGGCCAAGAGCAGUAAGGAAAAGGGGAAGCAAUACAAUCCUCAAUGGAAACGACACAACCAUAGGGUGUACACGUAUAUAAAUAUAUAUAUAAAUAUAUAGAUAUAUUCAAUAAAGUUCUAUAUUAAAGUGG